UGGCGAGGACGACCAGUCCCGCUGAAACAGCUGAUCAGUCUUCAUCGGACCGUCGUCAGGGAACGAACAAUACUCUCCUCCGUUGACAUUCACUGUUCUCGUUCGACGACACGACAGCGGCAGCCAAUUUCCCGCCUCCUCGCCCCGCUAUGACGGAGCCGAAGACAUUGACCAAGAGUGAAACAAUUGCCCUGAGGAAGAAACUCAUCGGCCCAUCAUGCAAGCUGUUCUUCCGGAGCGAUCCUCUGAAGAUCUUGAGGGCAUCAGGAUCUUACAUGUACGACGAAGAAGGGGUCAGGUAUCUGGACUGCAUCAAUAACGUGUGCCACGUGGGACACUGUCAUCCACACGUAGUAGCAGCAGCAUGUAAGCAAAUGGCCAUCUUGAACACAAACAGCCGCUUCUUGCAUGACAACUUGGUCCUUUAUGCAGACAGACUGACUGCCACAUUCCCAAAGAAACUGAGUGUGUGCUUCUUCGUAAACUCUGGAAGUGAAGCAAAUGACCUGGCGAUCCGAUUAGCAAGGACUUACACUGGACACAAGGACAUCAUAACUUUAGAUCAUGCAUAUCAUGGCCACGUUGUUUCCCUGAUAGACAUCUCACCUUACAAAUUCAACCAUCCAGGAGGAGAAGGACAACGUGACUGGGUGCACGUGGCCCCAGUUGCUGAUACAUAUCGAGGAAAAUACACAGACAAAGAUUACACUGUCGAGGAAUUAUCAACAAAGUAUGCCAACGAAGUCAAAGCACUGUGUGACAAAGCCACAGAAAAAAGUGGCGGUGUCUGUGCAUUCUUCGCUGAAUCUAUGCAGAGUUGCGGAGGUCAGAUCAUCUAUCCCCCAGGUUACUUGAGACAGGUGUAUGCGCAUGUCAGAGCAGCAGGAGGGGUUUGUGUAGCAGAUGAAGUACAAGUUGGAUUUGGCCGUGUUGGAUCACACAUGUGGGCAUUCCAGUGCCAAGGGGAUGACAUAGUCCCUGAUAUAGUUACCCUAGGGAAACCCAUGGGAAAUGGGCAUCCUGUAUCGGCUGUCAUAACAACCAGGGAAAUUGCUGAAAGCUUUGGUGCAACUGGAAUGGAAUACUUCAACACAUUUGGAGGCAAUCCAGUUUCCAUUGCUAUAGCUAAUGCAGUUUUUGAUGUCAUCGAGAAUGAAAAUCUUAUGGAACAUGCAACUGAAGUUGGAAAAUAUCUUCUACAAGAAUUUAACAAGCUUAAAGACAAACAUGAAAUCAUAGGUGACGUGAGAGGGAAAGGGAUGUUCCUUGGUAUUGACUUGGUGAAGAAUCGAGAGACACGUGAACCUGCUACUGCAGAAGCUGCCUAUGUUAACAAAAAGUUGAAGGAAAAGCACAUUCUGUUGAGCAAUGAUGGGCCUUACCUCAAUGUUCUCAAGUUCAAGUCUCCAAUUGUCUUCAGCAUACAAGAUGCUAAUGAACUGGUGCAGAAACUGGAUGAGGUUUUAACUGAAAUGGAACAAGCAGAGAAUUGUUUAUCUGGGUCUGAAAUAUCUGGAAAAUUUACUAUAACAAAUGGACGUGGUCGUUCCAGCAAGAUAAAUGGCUGCCCAACUCAGACCGCUGUGAAUGGUAUAGUAUGAUAGUCUACUAUCAUUUAAUCUACAGAUUGAUUUGAAAGUUCAACUUCUAAAAGCAAAGGAGCACAGCAUUUUGCACUUAGGAAAAUUAUUUCUCUUGUGUGACAUAACCACCAUCCACUGCUUUUGAAGAUGCUUCCUUUAAGCAUCUUCACAAUGUUUCUGGUGCAGCAAAGAAAAGAAGCACGAAAACAGAGAAAAAUUGUUCACUCGAAGGACUUCAUUGGCUGUCACACAUUUUCAUUGGUAAUAAGUAAACACAGCAAUUAUUAUUUAUGUAUACGUAUUUUGUUAUGUAAGAGAUCAUGACAAGCGAAUCUUGGGAGAAUGUAAAAUGCUAUUUGCUGUGUAGUUCAACAUGUUUUGCUAUCAGUCAUUUUAAACUUGUAAAUAGUAGUAUGCUGUUAUUUUUUCAAAAGCACCUGAUAUCAUUAAGGGAAGGGUUUGUGUGUUAUGAAGGAGCUAAAUUUAAUAGAUUCAGCAAACUGAUAUGGUUUCAUAUCAAAAUGUAUGAUUGUACCCUAAGGGUUACACCUGUUUUCAUGAAUGAGUAUAUGCCUUCAAUAUGUUGACUGAAAUUGUAUUUUUAGUUAGUGUAUAUAUGUAAUCAAUAUUUCAAGCAUGCAGUGACAUAUUUUCGCAACAAUUAUAUGAAUAUAUCUAUAUUUUUAAAUUUCAUUAAAAGUUAAAACAAACAA